AACUGCCAGUGCUGGUCUCAGUUUCAUAUGUGCAUAGGGGACAAGUUAAACUGCUGCACCGUGUGGCGAGAGGCCGUGCAAUGAGUUGAAAAAGAAACAUGAAGAAGUUAAAACUUAAGGAACUAGAAAGUUUUCUUCAGCAUGUUGAAGAGUUUGAGCAUCCAAAAUUACUCUUUGAGCAGUAUGCAACAAGACCACACAUUGCAGCAUGUAUGCUUCAUACAAUUCACAACACGUUUGAUGACAUUGAAAACAAAGUGGUUGCAGAUCUAGGAUGUGGUUGUGGUGUACUCAGCAUUGGAAGCGUAAUGUUAGGAGCAGGGUUGUGUGUGGGGUUCGACAUAGAUGCAGAUGCCUUGGAAAUAUUUAGUAAAAAUGCUGAAGAGUUUGAGCUCACAAAUAUUGACAUGAUUCAAUGCAACGUAUGUUCUUUAGCUACCACAAUGUCAAAAACUUUUGACACUGUAAUUAUGAAUCCUCCUUUUGGGACCAAGCAUAAUAAAGGAAUGGACAUGACUUUUCUGAAGCAUAUUCAAAAGAAAGCAGAUGAAUGGAAAGUGAAGAUGGAAGUUAUAGCAGAACUUAGGUAUGACUUACCAGCAUCAUACAAGUUUCAUAAAAAGAAAUCUGUGGAUAUCGAAGUGGAUUUAAUAAGGUUUUCCUUUGAAAAACUUCCAAACUGAGGAAUGGCUUAAAACCUAUUUAAAAUGGAUUAAUAAAAACUCAGUGUUUGUUUGUUUUUAAAGAACAUGAUCACUGAUCUCCAGCUCCAUUUUCUGUUUUCAGCUGUUUUGAUGCAGGUUC